GGAAUAUUAUUGUUCUAUGGUCUAUGGCUAUUUAUGAAAAUUCAAUCGACAAUCGGACAAUCCAAUCCCGCCAAAUUUUAAUUUACGUAUCAGCUUGCUUGUCAAAGGAGGCAUAUCGUUCAAGUUUUAUUAUUUUAUAUUAUUAUACCAUCCCUUAACAUGGAGUACAAUUUAAGUGAAAGAUCUUUGGAGGCUAUAAUGGGAGGCGCCGAAUUGCCGAAUCCUAUUUUCCAAAUAUUAGGUAUUAAGAAGAUUCAGUCUGGAAAUUCUAAUAAAGAGCGAUAUCGCCUUGUUGUUUCUGAUGGAGUUUUUAGUGUUUCACAUGCUAUGCUAGCUGCCCAAAACAAUGAACAGAUAUUGCAAGCUGGAGACCGUACUGUUAUAAAAGUUAAACGUUAUAUUACAAGUCUAUUUAACAAUAAUUCUGGAAAGGAGCAGCGGAUACUCCUUCUGUUGGAUGUCGAUAUUGUUGCUCCUGGUAGUCAAGUAGGGCGUCCACUUGGUAAUCCAGUGACAUUAGCAGAAGCUAAAAAGAAUGAAAAUAUGAGUACUGACAGUGGAGCUGUUCCUAAGCAGACUAGUUCUAAUAGUUCAGCUAGAUCAAACGCUUCAAGUUCAACUGUUCCAUAUAGUGGAAAUAGUAGUGGUGCUUCUUUGGAAGGUCAAAUGAUUCAUCCCAUAUCUAGCCUGAGUCCCUAUCAAAACAGGUGGAUUAUAAGAGCUAGAGUCUCUAGUAAAUCAGCCAUACGAACAUGGUCUAAUUCCAAAGGCGAGGGAAAACUUUUUAAUAUGGAUUUAAUUGAUGAAAGUGGAGAAAUUCGGUGUACAGGUUUCAGAGAUAUGGUUGAUAAAUAUUAUGAUUACAUUCAAGUGGAUAAGAUUUAUUACAUCAGCAAAUGUCAACUCAAAGCUGCAAAUAAGCAAUAUUCUUCCUUGAAAAAUGAUUAUGAAAUGACCAUGUCAAAUGAAACUGUUAUUCAAGAAUGUCAAAGUGAGGAUGUUAGUAUUCCUACUACUAAAUAUGACUUCAUAUCUAUUGAUAAAAUAGCCAAUAUGCAAGUUGGAACUCUUGUUGAUAUAUGUGGUAUAUGUAAAGAUGUGAGUGAUAUUCAAAUAUUCCAAGCCAAAUCCACUGGACGAGAAUUGAAGAAAAAAGAAGUUGUUUUGGUGGAUCAUUCAAAUAAUUCAAUAACUUUGACUUUAUGGGGAGCAGAAGCUGAAAACUUUGAUGGUACAAACAAUCCUGUGGUUGUCAUUAAAGGUGCAAAAGUUGGAGAAUUUGGAGGAGGAAAAAACCUAUCAUGUCUUGCAAGUAGUUUGUUAAAGAUAAAUCCUGAUAUUCCAGAGAGUUUUCGUAUACGUGGUUGGUACGAUCAGGAGGGUCAUAAGGGAAAUGUUGUCGAUAUCAGUGCUAGGUCUGGAGCAUCAUCAUUCAGCACUCCUUGGAUGUCAUUCAAGGAGGUUAAAGAUCAGGGUUUGGGUAAUGGUGACAAAGGAGAUUAUUACCAAACGAUGGGCACCGUAUUGUUGAUGCGUUCAGAGAAUUUAACCUAUAAAGCAUGUCCAUCCGAAUCUUGCAACAAAAAGGUUAUUGACUUGGAGAAUGGCAUGUUUCGUUGUGAGAAAUGUAAUAGGGAAUAUCCUAAUUUCAAGCAUCGGCUAUUGUCAUCUAUUAAUGUUGCUGAUUGGAGUGGAAACUCAUGGUUGAGCAUGUUUACAACAGAAGCUGAAACUAUUCUAGGCAUGUCAGCACAGGAAAUAGGAGAUGCGAUAGAGAACAACUCUGAGGCAGCAGCUGGUAUUGUAGAAAGAGUCCAUUUCAAACAGUUCAUCUUUAAAUGCAGAGCUAAAAUGGAAACCUACAAUGAUGAAGCACGUCUGAAAACAAUUGCCGUAGAAGUUAAAACAAUAGAUUAUAAAGACUUGAAUAACCAAGUCAUUAAAAGAAUUAAACAGUUGAUGGGUUGAUUGAAUAUUAUUUAGUUGUGAUUAUAUAUUUUUGGUGUAGUUUAUUCACAUUUACUCUACAAUAAAAAAUAAUUUCGAAA